GAUUUGUUUUUCUUCCUCAAUCCUUUUUUUUUAAGCUUUGGAAAAAAAAACAAGAAACUUGAUAUCUUCCUCUUCUUCAAUGGCAAUACCUCUUCAAACAAAGUACACUCUAAGUCCCAUCACAAACAACAUCCCAAGAAGCCACCGUCCGUCGCUUCUCUGUGUCACGUGCUUGGUUACUACUCCCACCACCAACUCUCAGCCUAACCAUGAGAGGCUUGUUCUUGAGCAACGACUUGUGAAUCCUCCUCUCUCCAACGACUCAACUCUACAAUCUACAUGGACUCACCGCUUAUGGGUUGCAGCUGGCUGCACCACUGUGUUUGUCUCUUUUGCCAAAUCGAUCAUUGGAGCAUUUGGUUCUCAUCUCUGGCUCGAACCAACUUUAGCCGGUUUUGCCGGGUACUUCUUAGCAGAUCUAGGUUCUGGUGUCUACCACUGGGCCACCGAUAACUACGGUGAUGAGUCAACGCCUCUAGUAGGAACCCAUAUCGAAGAUUCUCAAGAUCACCACAAGUGGCCUUGGACAAUCACCAGACGGCAAUUUGCAAACAAUUUACAUUUUAUGGCUCGAGGCACAACUUUGAUAGUUCUCCCACUAGACCUUGCAUUUGAUGACCAUGUGUUUCAUGGCUUUGUAAGCAUGUUUGCAUUUAGCGUGUUGUUUUGUCAGCUAUUCCAUGCUUGGGCUCAUGGAACCAAGAGCAAGCUUCCACCUCUUGUGGUGAGGUUGCAAGACAUUGGGCUGCUUGUUUCACGGAUACAUCAUGUGAAUCAUCACCAAGCACCGUAUAAUAACAAUUACUGCGUAGUGAGUGGGGUUUGGAACAAGGUUUUGGAUGAAACCAAGGUCUUUGAGGCAAUGGAGAUGGUGUUGUAUUUCAAGAUGGGGGUGAGACCGAGGUCAUGGACCGAGUCAAACUCCGAAUGGAUGGAAGAAACCGACAUAUUCAAAUGUUAGCGGCACUUUUAGAUAUAUUCUUCGCCAUUUUUAAGUGGCAAAAACUCAAUCUUUUACCCGCGGCUUCGAGAUUAAUCUAUCUUUUAGUUUGAGACUUAUUAAUUUGAUUGUCAAAAACCAAAUGUUUUCUUUUACUUAAAAACAUGUAGAUCACAAUUUUGAUAGAUUUGAAAAGUUUAAUAUAUAAUUUUUAGGGUA